AUGGACGAGCAGGUUUUCCGUGCCAUCCUUGAUGCGUCAAACGACACGUACGAAGGAGUGCGGCUGGAAGCUGCUCGAGCUCUGGGGAAGACGACGGAAAGCAGAGGCUGUGUGGAGGACCUCAUGCCGCUGCUUCAGGAUUGUUCGUUCCAAGUUCGGAGGGUGAUGGCAGAGAGCGUCUGGAAGGCCUGCAGAGAGGGAGAGCUGUCCCAGCUGCUGGAGCGGCUGGAGUAUCUGCUGGAGCAUGAGAGCUACCCGGAGGUCAGAGAAGCUCUCCGAUCCUCUCGCGAUCAGGUCGAGCGAGCUCUGUACAGCGUUAGACCCAAGAGCAAGGAAGAGCCCCUCAGAUGCCCUGCCAUGGCAUCCUUGCCUGACUGUCCGAGCAUGGGGGAGAUGAUUGAGGUCAAGGAGGAGGAGGAGGAAGGGGGAGAGGGAGCUCGAGCGUCGUUGCUGUAUGCCCAUGUUGUAGACCUUGACAUGUCUGGGAGGAGGAUGGGGUUGCGGAUCAGUCACAGGGGCUUGGCUGAUGGCAAGAUCGUAGCUGUGGGCAAGGAGGAGAAGUUCCUCUCCUUCUCCGUGCCAUGGCGGGAGGCGACAGCGGAUCCUUGGAGCAGGAAGGCCAGGUGGCCGAGCAGAGGAUACUUUGUGACAAUGAGGGGAGAAACGAGUUUCUGGAUAGCCAAGGAGAUGAGAAUGUCUCUUGACAGCAUCUUUCAGCUGAAUCAACAGCUGGACUGCUCAACGCCUCACCUUGCUCUCCCCGACAUGUCUGUCGUCAUGCUGGAUCGAGAGGCGAGCGAGCUUGAGGUGGAGCCGAUGAACGGAGGGCUGCUGCGCCUCAUCGAGGAAGGGAUCAGGAGAGGUGAAGGAGGAGCGAUGGAUGUGCUUCUGAGAUAUCCGGACGUUGAGAGCCAAGGCAGCGUCUCUGCCAUGGUGUCGUUGCUGCACGAUGCCUUGGCCCCCAUAAGGGAAAGGGCGCUGCUGACAGUAAAGAAACUUGCAAAACCGAAAAGCUUAAAUUCGUACAAGCUGAUCCCGCACGUCAUGGACAACCUGGAGCAUGUGAGUGCAGCAGUGAGAAGAAGCGCUGAAGAAGCGAUCACAGCGCUGGUGGAUCAGGACUCCUGUCCUCUUUACGUCAUGGACCGAGUCGUUCUCCUCUGCACCUCAACCGACCAAGAUCUCAAGGCGACGGGAUUGAGAUGUCUCGGGAGGUUGAGCAACGAAGGGCAGCAGCGCAUCCUUGACAUCAUUGUGGAUGGUGUCUUGUCAGAUCACAAGCUCGUCCACGAUGCUGCAAUCGAGGCUGUUCGUCGCCGAAACAUGUCGGCGGCGCUGUUCGAGCAAGUGACACGUCGGCUGGUGAGCUGUAAGGGGACAAGGGACGUGGAGGCACUGGUGAGAGCUGUCGACCAGUUUGAUCUGGAGGAGAGGACGGAGGAGAUCGUUCACAUCCUAUCCGGCCUCGCCCGCAGCUCCGACGACUUUGACCGGCUCAAGUUUGUGAGCGUGUGUUCGCUGCUCGUCAACAAGGCAAGCUGUCCUUUUCCUCUUACUGACCUGCUCCUCCUCCUCUCCAAAGAUUCGCACGAGACGGUGAAGGAAGCCGCUGCCCAGCUCCUGCAUCGAACGAUGCAGAGGAAGAAGAAGGGGCCGGGAGCAAGAGAGGAGCAGGGAGGGGGCGGGAAGCAAGGGGGGCAGGAGGCAGAGGAGGCGGCGGCUCUUCGGUAUUCGUCCGCAUCCAACCAUGGCGAGGAGGUCGACUUCGACCACUCGCUGCUGCUGCGCAACCGGAGGGAUCCUGACAACGAUCCGCAAGAGCGGAGGUGGGAGGAGAAGGUAAUGCGCGAGUCCUGCCAUGGCGUCGCGUGCAGCCACAGGACGAGAACGAUGCAGGAGAUGUUCGGGGAGCUGAGCGAGGAGGACGUGAGGGACCCCUUCCCAGUCUUCACCUUGAGGAUAGUGAAGCAGCUCCGUACUGACAUCUCGCAGCAGAGGAGGAGGAGGCUCGUCGACUCCCUCCGCUCUCUCUCGCUCCUCUGCGGCUUCCGCGGCUUCCGUGCUGCCGCCCUGUCGGUGGAUCUCCUCCUCGGCUGCGACCAUGCCGAUGCUCGGGUGUCGGGGGCUCAAGCUUGCUCUGCGCUCAUGCAGAGGCCCAUCAACAUGCGAUGCGCUCUAGCCCCGAUCAAGCAGAAGCUCCUCCUCCUCCUCCUUGACGGGGACCAGCUCGUCCGACAUGCCGUCCUCGCGGUCCUCCCUGACGUCUUUGCCCGAGGAUCGGAGGAUGCCAUGUCCGUGCUCUUCGGGCAAGGAGGAGGGAGGCAGGAGGGACAGGCAAGCUCAUGCCUGCUUGCCCAACUGGAGCUGAGCAGGAGCAGAGGUAGAGCAGCAGACGUGGAGACGUUGACGCACGCGCUGGGAGCUCUUGCGCCUGUCAACGACAGCAGCAGCCUGACGGUGCUGCUGGAGCUCGUCAAAGAGGAAGCGUCUCCCGUACGGCUCAGCGCCCUGCUCUCCAUCCGCAGGCUCUUCGUGCGAGGCGAGAGGUCACAGCUGGACCAGCUCGUCCUCUCAGUCGCCCUCGCAUGCAGGAAGCAGGAGGAGGACAGGCAGGUGAGGCUGGUUGCGGAAGACCUCCUGCGGCUGCUGGGAGGGGAGGAGAGGGCGUACAGGGUGGCGUCGAGGGCAGUGCCUUGGGAGGAGGAGAGAGACGUUCGCUUCUCGGUGGAUCGAGACCCCCUGCGCGUGAUGGGAAUGGACUUGGUAGAGUACAGGGAGGAGGAGGAGGAGAGAACAGGGUGCGAGGAGGUGGAAGAAUGA